UCACCCCUUUGUAUUCAAAAGUAUUUACGUAUUAUUAAGUGAGCACACUACAUGGCUUGGUUGGAGUGCGGCGAGAACGUGUCCUGAGCGUGUAAUUACGGUACGAUGACAGACGGGGCGGGGCGGCAGAAUCGAUCGGUAUUACCAUGGAAACCCACAGUGGCGUCAGAGCGGGGGCAGCGGAGGGUUGUGUCGAGCAGCGCGUUGAGUCGCCUGAGAAAGUGGGCUGUGGAGGGCGCGAGCAGGUGUGUGGAAACAUGAUCUGGGACUGGCCGCAUGCACGGGCUGCCGAACACCCACCUGUCUAUUUCUGAGUCCCGCGGCCCGGCGUCUAUUAUUAGCCAUGGGCAGUAGUGGGCAAGAGGAAGCCCCGGGGAUAUUUUGGGCAUGGGUAGAGGCAGCCAGCGGCAACAUGGCGCUGGCUCUGACUACCUUAGUGGAACAAGUGCAGUCGUGGGCGAAGGGUGUGGGUGUGAGCGGCCUGCUCACCCUCCAGCCCGUCAUGGAUACCCUGGGGACACUGCUGGUGGGGUGGAUGAUAUUCGUCACCCUCAUCCUUAUCCUGGGCACCUUUUUCUACUUCAAGUUCAUCCAUCACCUGGAAAAUGAAGGCACUGACACUGCCUCCCAGGGGCGCGGGGAGGACAAGGGUGGGGCCAGAACCUCGGGGGGCGCCACCCAGGGGAAGGCCAAGGCUAUCAGAAAAGAGGAACAAGCCCGAAAGCCAACCAUUGUGCCAGAGAGGAAGGCUGACCCCGUGUCUGCCCCCGUGGGUACCGGCGCUGACCCCGACGCGGUGAAGUGGGCUUGUAAUGUGUUCACGUGGCUCUAUAACAGUGCUGAGGGCGGCAAAGUGGUCAACAAGGUCUGGCUGGACACACUCAACGAGAAUACUGUCAAGACUGCCAUUGAAACUGGCAUCCUGAUCGAGGUGGUGGAGUUGAUGAAGCAAACCCCGGCGCCUGUCCUCUCCAACAUGGUGGUGGACUGCUCCCCCACAGACAACGUGACCAUAACCUGCGACUGUGAUGCCACGCUAUACCUCCGCAUUAUCACCACGCGCACCCAAGGCGACCAGACCACGGAGAGCGAGUACGCGUGCGCCGUGACGCCCCUGCGCGGGAGGCUCAACAUCGCAGCGGUCACGGCGGAGCUUCUCGCCGUGGCCAAGUUUGACGGAUGGCCUGAGGAGACAGUGAGACUGCCACACUGCUCAGAUUAACAGUAUAAUGAGACAAUGAGACAACAAUACUGAUCAAACUACCAGUAUAACAAGACAGUAAGGCAGUGAUGGCCACACUCCUCACACCACCAGUGCCAUCACCCUAUCCCACCACCACCACCACCACCAUUACCACUGCUGCUGCUAGGACCGCCAGCAAAGUAUAUGAACUCACAAAUGACACAGCCACCUACACAAGCUCUCAAUGGGACAGGGUUGGUUUAUGGAUGCAUUUUUCACCAUAUCAUUUGUGUUUUUUUAUAUUUUUGGUGCAGCUGUAGGUUGCUGGAAAAGUUUAUGGUUCAGAUAUAUUGUACUGCCUUAUUUUAUCCUCAGGAAUGAUGCUAAGAGUAUGUAUUAAUCCUCUGACUGGUAAUGAUAAUAUGACACUUAUUAUUUGAAUGAAAAAUAGAACUAGAGGCACUAAAAGAUUUUGAACUACUUAGUCUUUCCUAUUACUGUCUGUAGUAUCUUUGAAAUUGUUCUCUAAACUUGCAUAAGAGGCCAGUCAUUGUAGCCUCCAGAUGAAGAGAAAAGUUGUAAGGACAAUUGCCUUCUGAUGCUAUUGGCAAAGAACAUUGAAAAUACACAUAAUAAGAAGAUAAAAAUCACACCAUUUUAUCAAGAGAGACCAAACACACACUUUUAUGUUAUAACUUUUGUCAUUCCAUAAUUUGGAAAGAGAUUUUCUAAGGUAAUAUAGAUGUAUGGAUGACUGUAACAGAUUAUAACACCAUUCCAUUAAUGGAGACCUAACAGUGUAUACACUUUCAGAUUUAAACUUUUGUCAUCCCAUAAUUUGAAAGGUGAGAUCCAAAGGCAGUAUAAAUUCAUGGGUGUCUAUAACAGAUGGCAAAUUUUAUAUGUUCAUGCCUUGUCUGUCAACUGGCCUUUUGCUGAGCUCUUAAUUCUUAUAUUCCUAUGAUAUGCUAAGGCUGAAUGACCAGGUAAUGGAACAGAGGUAGUUAAUGGGUUAAUAAUUUCCUCAUUAUAUAAAGGAAAUGAAGGAGAAAGAAUAGUUAAAUCAAUAAAUCUGCUUUUAAUAUAUCCCUUAAGUGUCAUUUUUGGGGGCUGAAAUAAGGCAGUGACAUCAGUGUGAGGUGCUUCAGAUGACAAUAUAUUCAUCACAUUACCUUCUGUCAUUCACAGUAACUAUUUCAGCAUUAUUCUGAGGCUGUUUAUCUUUGUGAGCAUUAAAGAUAUGAAGUCACAAAAGAAUGCUGAAGUACGUAUUGCCUUUAUCAUGUUGUGUAUGCUCCUGUGUAUUAUUGCAGCCAGUGUAAUGUAGCACAAGCAGACAUAACUGAGAAGUCCCAUUUAAACAUUCACUACCUGGUCAGGUAUUCUUUUUUAUCCCAUUUGAUUAUGUAUUAGUAUUUUCUGUACAUGCUGAGAGCCAUUUAUAAAUAUUUUUUCUAGCUUCUUUCUGUGACCCUUUGACUGGUGAAUGCAGAAUGAUACCUAUUACCUGUAGUGAGUCAUCCUAAUUGGUUUUAUUGAGUGAAAAUAUAAAUGCAAAUACACUUUGAGCAAUUAAUUAUUUCUCUUGCUGUCAGUGAUGUUUCAAGAUUAUGCCAUUAAUAUGUAGUGUGAAGAGAACAUCAGUCAAUGAGUUACAAGUGUUGAUACCCUCAGUAUAAAUCCAUCCACACUAAUAUUGAUAAUUACCAGUGGAACAGUUCAAAGGUUUUCCCUCCCCCAAGAUUGACCUUUUUUAUCUCAAUCUCAUAACUGCAUGCCAUUCUUACUGUGACGUGUCCCUCGUUUCAGGACGUGGAGGUAAGUAUGGAGAGUGUGGGUCAGGCGGGGCCGUGGCGCACUGGUUAGUCUUGCGGGCAGGUGACCUCAAUGGGACCAUAGCUCAGGUCCUGCUGGCUGCUGCUGCUGGGAGGGCUUCAGUCAUGUGGGAGGAGGGAUGGUCAUUUUAACACGGUCCAGUCAUAUUGUAAAGGUUGGUCAUUGAAGCCCAACCAGUAUCCACUUGAGCUUUGGUGGUUUCUAGUGGCUCAGUGAUGAGGUGUGUUCAGUGAGUGUUCACUUAGGGGUUCAAUUCUUAGCUGCUUCUCACAGCUACCACUGCAGUGCCUCUUCUGGGAUGCUGAGGAAUUGAUCUAAAGAGUAUCCCUGAGAGGGAGUGGCCAGGGACCACACCCACAGCAGGAGACUUAAAACACACCUUGUCACCAGUCCACCCAUGAGCAGUCACCAAGGCACAGGUGGAUGCCAGUUAGCUGUAAAUGCCAUGCCUCUACAGUGUUGCCUUUAUUACCAGAGUUUGUGUCUGAAAGUCAGUGGGCAGCACACUAAAUACUGUACAGCCCAGCUUAAGCUUUCCACCAGAUUUGCUGUCAUCAGAAAGUGAUCUUUGUUGUACUACAAAAACAAGGAAGCAACUGCAUAACCACCUGAGCAGCAGCGCAUGACUUGGGUUCCCACUAGCCUGGCACAGUCAGGCUGUGCAACAAGCAAUAAACCUGUAGCUUGGAGCAGCUUUUACUAGAACCACUAGAACACUGGGUACUGUUUUGUAUAGAUCAACCUCCCCUGCCUUAGUGAUGGUUUUUAUUUAGCACAUGUGUAUCAAUAGGAUUUUUUGUGUUUUUUGAACCUGGAUUUUUUAUUUUUUAUUUAUUUUAUUUUAUUUUAUUUUUUUUUUCCAGGUCAGUGUUAUGCCUUAACAACCUAAUACCUGACCACUACCUUGUGUGAUUUUGUCAUUAUUUCACAUCCCAAUACAGUAUUCCAUCUUUGUGUGUAGGUAAUGAUAUGAUGAGUCUCACAGUGUGUAGUACUUGACUGUGGCCACACUUAUUCCUUCAAACUCUCUCAGGAGGGUGGCUACAGUACAAGAGUCUCCUCUUUCCCAUGUCCUAAAAUCUGAACUUCCAUAUACUGAAGGCUCUCUCAUUCCUCCUCCUGUCUCUCUCAAGCAUGGUGAACUCACACACCAGAUGCCACUUUCACCUCUCAUGUCAAUUGUUUAUCCUCUUAGAGUUCAUCUUUUACUCCUUUAUCACUCAGUCUUUCAUCUGUGAGUCAUAAGUUUUUCUCACUCAUUUCCCGUGUGUAUGUCCACUCUCCAUUCUUCAUCACGUUUAUUCAAGCAGUGUAGCAAUUCAGUCCCUCAAACAUCAUUUUUACCUCAGAACAUUUGCUACAUCUCUUUUCACUCUAAUAGCCACAGUUGUGUAAUCUGUCAACUUUUGUGUGUCAAAAAUAAGGAAACUGAUGUUCUUAUUUGAUUUAAUAUGCCUAAACAGUUUUUAAAAUAUAACAGUUUAAAAAGUGUUGAUUUUCAAUAAUUCUGCACUGAUUCCUAAAGCUUUGUGACAUCUUGAGGGCAGACACAGAGAAGCUGCAUGGAGUAGUGUAACAUUUAAU